AUGGCCAACAGUGCUAGGCUUCGGGAACUUGGAGUUUCUGGUUUUUCCAGCAUAUUUCCAAACAAUAGUGGCACUGCUGUAAACAAGAAAAAUGCAAAGCAUAGAGAUAAUGAAGACUCUGGAUCUGAGUAUGAUCCUUCACAGGAUGAUACUGAUCAAGGAGAUUUGAUUGGUGAUGACAAUGCUAAGGGAACUAAGGAGAAGGCUCCCAAGCAAACUUCCAAAGAAAGAUCAAAUGUAUUUCCUGGAGUGAGGUUUCGGUCUCGUAAGAGGGUUUUUGCAGAUCAAGCACCUACUAGAGUUACAAGGUCAAAGUCAAGCAUCACCCAACCUGAUACAAAUCUGACACCAAGUAAUAUCCAUGUGCCACCUCCAUCCGAGCCUAAUGAUGGCACCCAAGCUGCUUUGGAAGAUGACGGGCCUGGUCAGCAAGCUGACAGCACCAACAUCACCAAUGGAGGCGAUGCGAUUCCACGUCAUAAUGGAAGCCCCAACCGGGAGAAUGAAGAUGGAUCUACCCAGCAUGAUGACAACACCAUUGCUGGUGAUGGAGUUGAUUGCAUUACCCAUCUAGAUGGACACGACCAGAUGACCACCGAAGAGCCAUGGGACCGAGGAGUAAAUAUGGGACAUGGUCUCCAGAGGUUGACCCGAGCUCAUGGUGCCAAACUGCCAGUUGUCAUAACUGAAGGGAAUAUAAGGCCCGUGGAACCUAAGAUUGCUGCAAUGUAUGCCACUAAAUGCAACAUUGCAGUCAGGAAUCAUAUUCCCGUGUUCAUGCACUGGAAAGAAUACAAGAAACACCCUGCGCUGUUUGAGCUAUUUUUGGGAAGACUACGUCUACCCAGUUUAUGUAGAAAAAAAUUGAGAGAAGAUGAGUACAAGGAUAAAGAACUUGAUGCUGUUGAUUUGUUUAAGAUGUGCCACUACAGCAACAAAAAGAAAGGAUACACGCCCACUGUACAAUCUGCUAUUACUCAAAUGGAAAAUCAGUUGGCUGCACCAACAGAAGAUGGACAACCCAAGUCUGCAACCCAAGUUGUCAGUGUUGUGCUUCAUCAAAACACAAAAACCAAUCACUUCCUUCGGAAUGUGGGCAACCAGGUUGCAAAGCGAAGGACUACACUACAAAAUGUUCAAGCAAAAUUGGAGGUGGAGAAAAGAACCAAUUCUGAGCUUCAGUCGAUCGUCAAGAACCAGCAUGAAGAAAUGGAUGGUUUGAAAAAUCAAGUCCAGGGAACAGAACAAGCAAGGAUCAAAGACCAAGAGGAGAACCGGAAGAAGCAAGCUGAGUUGGAGAAGAAAAUUGAGCUGCUGCUAAGCCAAAAUGGACAAAGCUGAGCAUA